AUGGCAAGCUCAAUGAUGCAGACUCAAGUAGCUGAUGCUGGUACUAGCGAUAACGUUACUAAUCGUGAUCCUAAUGUCGCCUUCGCGACUGACUUACUCUUCAAUUUGGACGACGUACGUGCCAACUGCGCAGCUAGCCUUGCAGGUCACGCCAAUCUGAUCACAUUGCUUCAGAGCCGAAUCAACUUGGAAAGAACAUACGCCCAAGAGCUAAGCAAGAUGGCUCACUUCUCGAAUUGCAACGAAAUGGCACACGGCACGAUGGAAACCGCUAUGGCAAGUCUUAGAGCGCAGUACUUGAACACGAGCGUGCAGCACGAACAACUUGCCAAAAAUCUUGAGGAAGACGUCUUGAAACCGAUCGAGAGUUUGUACCAGUACAACAGCAAGAGAUCGCAAAGCCUAACUCGUCAGAUCAAAAACGCAAAGAAAGAUGUCAAGAUUCAAGAAGAUGCCUACAGGAAAGUCUACCGUACUUUUGACAAAACCUUCCGUGUGGCUUCUGCUUCGUUUGCAAAUGCAAUGGCCUCUGGCUUCUCUAGCACACUCAUUGAGGACCAGUAUCAUCGGCGUCUCUCACAGAUCAAAGUUACGGACAGCCCGGCAAAGAAGCACAGCGUAAUUGCUACUGUGGUUCGUCCUGAUAAAAGCUCGGGAACAGUUGCCUUGAAAACGAUCAACAACAACAAACUCGUCAGCUGGUUGCUAUCGUCCGAGACUCAUCGCAAAGAAGACUUGGCUAAAAACACCGUUGAACUAAUGGAGGUUGCUGAGAAGGCCAGAAGGAUAUGCCAGCAUUCUUGGCAAACGCUAGAGACCCAUCGAAUCAAAAUGUACCGUGUUGUCCAAGCUGUGCUCGCAGACUAUCAGCAAAUGGCCGAGGAUCGUAUAUCCACAAUCACGACAAAUCUUCGAAAGCAUGUCAUCUUUGCAUCGUCGACUCUGGCAAACGAGCAGUAUGAUUGGCAGAUGACUGCACCGAUGUUUGAGACAGUCGACGUGAAAGGAGAUAUCUGCGACUUUAUUCAUGCCACUCGUGGAAACAAAAGCCAGGUAGACUUGACUGUAAACGAUCUGUGCAACGAUACUACUCGUGCACUCAUCGCAUCGCCAUCGUCGAAGCCUUGUCAGCCAUUGCGAAAGACGUGUCUUAAGAUCCGUAAUUUCUCGUCCAAGAAAAUUCCUUUUGAUUACGAUGGAAACCAAGAACUCUUGUCCAAAGUCCUUGGUACCUAUCGCCCCACAGCACAAGAUGCGAGGCAGAGCCAGCAAAGGCAUGUAGUGCAUGGUCACGAAUCUCAAUCCUAUGAUGACUAUGCUUGUGCUUAUAGUAUGCCAUCUUCGGAGAGCGACAUUGUACUAAUGACCGAGGUCACUACGUCGAUAGAGCCAAGAAUGUACAACCGAGUUGGUGCCCAACUGGAAGAUAAAAACUCAACAACUCAGCGCAAUGAACCAGAGCAGGAUAGUGACGAGAACUCGGAAAGUGUCAGCUCGUCUAUAAGGCCCAUGACCUCUUUUCACGCUACGACCAUCAACGGCAAUCCACCCUGA